AUGGCGGUAACCGAGGAAGAAGUUAAACUUCUAGAAGAUUCCGUUAGCGACUCCGUCGACCACACUGGACUUCCCGCCGGGAAAUCUUCCACCGGCGGAUGGAGAUCCGCCUGGUACAUCAUAGGCGUGGAGGUAGGAGAGAGAUUCGCUUACUUUGGGAUUGGCUCAAACUUAAUCACUUACCUCACCGGACCUCUCGGACAAUCGACGGCGACCGCCGCCGUAAACGUGAACACUUGGUCCGGAACCGCCUCAAUGCUUCCUGUUCUAGGAGCUUUCAUCGCCGACGCUUAUCUCGGUCGUUACCUCACCAUCGUUAUCGCUUCCCUCAUCUACAUACUCGGACUAGGACUAUUGACCUUAUCUGCGUUCUUAAUCCUAGUGGGAUUAUCUGAGCAACGUAACGACGCUUCCGCUAAACCGUCUUAUUGGGUGAACAUAUUAUUCUUCUGUUCACUCUAUCUGGUCGCCAUCGGACAAGGUGGACACAAGCCUUGUGUUCAAGCGUUUGGUGCCGACCAGUUCGAUGCGGCAGAUUCCAAAGAGAGAAUAUCGAGAGGAUCGUUUUUCAACUGGUGGUUCUUGAGUUUAUCUGCCGGAAUAACUUUAUCCAUUGUUGUGGUGGUCUACGUGCAAGACAAUGUUAAUUGGGCGCUUGGGUUUGGGAUCCCUUGUUUGUUCAUGGUUUUGGCUCUUGCUCUCUUCUUGCUCGGUAGAAAAACUUACCGAUACCCAAAAGGUGGAGAUAGCAGAGAGAAGAAUGCUUUUGCAAGAAUCGGUAGGGUUUUUGUCGCGGCUUUCAAGAAUCGGAAUAUGAAUUAUGAACAUUCAAGUUUGAGCCAAGGUAUGUUGGAAGAUGGUUCGUCCGAGAGAUUUAAAAAACGGUUCUCGUUCCUAGCAAAUGCGUUGCUAUCAGGAGAAGGAGGUGAAGAGCGAUGUAACAGGAGGGACGUGGAAGACGCAAUGGCUUUGGUAAGGCUAAUUCCGAUAUGGAUCACAUCGGUUGUGUGCACGAUUCCGUACGCUCAGUACGCAACGUUCUUCACAAAGCAAGGCGUUACGGUGGACAGAAAGUUCUUGCCCGGUCUAGAAAUCCCUCCGGCUUCUUUCCAAGCACUUAUCGGGAUAGCGAUUUUCAUCUCAGUUCCGGGUUACGAACACGUCUUCCUUCCGUUAGCUAGACGGAUCACCAAAAAGCCGUCCGGGAUCACGAUGCUUCAGAGAAUAGGAACCGGAAUGGUCCUCUCCAGCUUCAAUAUGGUGGUUGCAGCGUUGGUGGAAACGAAACGGCUCCAGACGGCUAAAGAAUACGGGCUUGUGGAUAGACCGGACGCAACCGUGCCAAUGUCGAUAUGGUGGUUCGUUCCUCAGUAUUUGCUACUAGGGAUGAUAGAUGUGUUCUCGCUCGUUGGAACACAAGAAUUCUUCUACGACCAAGUCCCAACCGAGCUUAGGAGUAUCGGUCUCGCGCUCUCUUUGAGUGCCAUGGGUCUUGCGAGCUUCUUGAGCGGUUUUCUCAUCACUCUGAUUAACUGGCUCACCGGAAAAGACGGCGGCGAUAGCUGGUUCAACACUAACCUGAACCGAGCUCAUGUUGAUUACUUUUACUGGUUGCUCGCCGCUUUCACCGCCGUUGGAUUCUUUGCGUUUUUGUUCUUCUCCAGGCGGUAUGUGUAUCGCCGUGUAGAUCAAGUCUAA